AGAUGGGUGAGGCCUGGGCUGGGGAAAGCUCAGGGUCAGGACUAUGCUACCUAGGAUCAGAUUGCCACCUUGCGGCUCAGACGGGAAAUGUCCUAUGGAUCCGCAGUAAGGACUGCAGGGCUGUGCCUGGGCCCGGGAGGCGGAGACUCAGAACGAGGCGGCUGGCGGACGUAGACAGAGAGCGCCCCUCACAAGCUGCCCUUACCCAUGGCCGAAGGGUCAGAGCCAGACCUCGGGGUGACCGAUGGCGCUGCGGAGCAGGCCAUUGAGAUGCCAAGUUGGAAGGCUCCGGAGAACACAGACCCCCAGCCAGGAAGCUAUGAGAUCCGACACUAUGGACCAGCCAAGUGGGUCAGCACUUGCGUGGAGUCUAUGGACUGGGAUUCAGCCAUCCAGACCGGCUUCACAAAACUGAACGGCUACAUUCAAGGCAAAAAUGAGAAAGAGAUGAAAAUAAAGCUGACAGCUCCAGUGACUAGUUACGUGGAGCCUGGCUCAAGUCCUUUUAGUGAGUCUACCAUUACCAUUUCCCUGUACAUCCCCUCUGAGCAGCAAUUUGAUCCACCAAGGCCUUCAGAGUCAGAUGUCUUCAUUGAAGACAGAGCUGAAAUGACUGUAUUUGUGCGGUCUUUUGACGGGUUCUCCAGUGGCCAAAAGAAUCAAGAACAACUUUUGACAUUAGCAAGCACAUUGCGGGAAGAAGGGAAAGCCUUCAAUGAAAAGGUCUUUUAUACUGCAGGCUACAGCAGCCCUUUCCAAUUACUUGAUAGAAAUAACGAAGUGUGGCUGAUUCAGAAAAAUGAUCCCUCCAAAGAAAAUGAGUAAGAAAGUGAAUAUCACCAACAGGGGCAGACUUCUGUUGAAUGCAGACAGCAGUAGCACCCAUAGGUGACGUAUAUAGUGUCUUUUGCUUGAGAUACCACCCUGCAUCAUGAUUAUGCCCAGUGUGCCUUUGUAAGAUGCUUUAUUUAGAUACAGGGUAUCAAGAUAAAUCUGUGGCCUCUAUUUCUGUGAUGAUCCAGGACAAUGCCAUGCCAUUCCCCGUCAUGUUGCCUUCUUCUGCUUGGACUUAGGACAUUUGGAUGUUCUCCCUUCCAUAUAAUAGUAAUGGAAACAUUAAAGAUUUGGCCUGUGUAGAAGUAAAAUUAUGUUGGAUACAAAAAUAGUCUUACUGCCGCCACUGUUGUGUUUUUCU